UCUUACACAAUCUCCAAAAGAUUAUUCCUCAAUACAACAAACUCUGCUUCAUGCAGUAUGAAUUGGAUUGAUUCAACUCAAUUCAAUUCAUCAUCAAUGGUAAGCGCAUCUAUUUCUUCUCCCCCUUUCAUUCAUUAUGUGAUGACAAAACAACAACCGCAAACUAGAGUCUUUGAUCCUACGGGACAUGAAACUUUUGUAACACGUCAGUCUGAUAUUAGAUCACAAUUUUACUCAUUUCAGCAACUUGAUGACCUUGAUCAUUGCUAACAAUUGAGAUAGAUGUCAACUCGAUGCUUUUCGUAUUUGCUAUAACAAAUUUCUAAUUCUCUUUUCGGCUCAUCAUUAAAAUUGUAAGCUCCCCCUCUUUCCAUUCUUUUCUCUCCCCCCCCACAUACAAUUUGUGAUGAUGAUCAGUUUGUGCUUUGCACGCUGGAAAUUACCGACUGAAGCCCUCGGGCUUUUGACGACAAAAAAGGCUGUUACUGAGCAAAUUCUUCCAACUCAAUUUUAAUUAACAUUUUUUUCUACUGAGUUGACGCUGACUAUGUUCCAAGAUUAGAUGAGCCUAAUAAUCAAGAGGUACGACUCGAUUCUCCUCUCCCCUUCCAACACCACACUACUGCAUAAAAUGAUGAAUGGCACUGGGCUCCGACAGUUCCAAAAUGGUUCUGGUCUUGAUGGAUAUGCCAUUUUGCGGCAGGCCUAGAAAACCUCGCCCACUGAUUUCAGUCAUCUUAUCAUCAUCUGUUGUACAUUUGUUUGAUAUAUUGUUUCUGAUUUUGGAAGCAUAGAUUGUUAUGAUGUCUCAAGUGUACUUCGCGUGUUCCAGGUCUUGAUUGACUCUGGCGCACCGAUAUCUUCUCCUGUAUGAGUGUUCACGCUUUAGGUAAAUAAACAUUUUCUUUUGCACUCCAUACUUUUUAUGAUGAGCAUUUUUAGAUGACGAGUCUGAUUGGAGUUUUCCAUGUUGACAACAUCAAAAUUAAACCAUUCAUGCCUUCUGAAUUUUCCAGACAGAAAUCAUUGUUUAACGUGUAUCGUGUCGAAGCAUGUGCUAAUAUCAACCUCUUUAGAUCUUCCAAGUGCUGCAAUCCUCAUGUGGUCGAUGCCUAGAUUUCAACCUAUUUUGGUAAGGACCUCUCCCUUAAUACAUUUCUCCGGCAGCCUCGAGCAUUCUGAUGACAUCGAUCGACAAAUGACAAGCAUAUGUCCAAGCCUCACGGUUGUGACGAGCCUAUCUUAACUGAAUAUGCUCAUGCCAUUACAUACAUUUAGUAUCAAAUCAUGACCAUUGCUAACGAUUAUAGUUCAGAUCCGUGACUUUAUUGUUGGAUUAACUUGAGUUGAAUCAUCAUACUUGAUGGUGUUGCCUGACCCUAUGCUAUAUAUUACAUGGUAUGUUGCUACUUAUCUCCACUUUCAUCCCCUUCACAUUUUUACAUGAUGAUUAUUUAUCACGACGGUCGACAUAUCCACACGUUGGUAAUUGAUGAAAAUGCCUAUGACUAGGCUUUGAUCUGAAAUUUCAUUUCUGUCUACUUAGUCCAAAUAAUUUCCUCGCCAUGAAAUCAUUGCUGACGAUUCAAAGAUGUAGGAAACUUUUAUAUUGGAGUUCAUCUGUUCAUUUCCGCCUCUGCGGACAUGUAUUUUCAUUGCGAUACUUGGCUUGCCAUGUACGUGAAGAAGAUAUUAAGGCCAUCGUUUCAGGACUCCCAAUAUAUCACUAUUGCAAUCACUUCAGCAUGCUGUCUCGGCACUCAAGCACACACGAACCAGUAAAGUCUUGAAGAACUAUGUGAUUGACAUAAAAUGUUCAAAUGAGCUAGCUGUUGAAAC